AUGGCCACAGAAAAGCCACCUCUCGAGAGCAAUGCUUCGACUGACCAGGAAAUCCCACCCGGCCCCAUCGUGUUUGUCAUCGGCCCACCAGGUAGCGGAAAGAGCACUCUCUGCUCCCGCAUCUGUCAACAGAUCCCUGGCAGCUUCAGACACCUCUCUGUCGGGGACUACCUCCGGCAGCUGUGCAACGCCAAUGCAUCUGAAACUCAGCCAGGUGAAGUCAGUGCCCAGGCCGACGGACGCCUGCCACCGGAAGAGGUAGCGAAAUACGUGCAGAAGAGCAAGCUCCUUCCGCCCGAGACCAUCGUCCCGCUGAUCAAGGAGAAGCUGCUUGAUGGGCAGUCAUCAUCCAGCCCCGGCUGGCUCAUUGACGGCUUCCCACGAGACAUCGAGACUGCGCUGGCUUUCGAGAAGGAAGUCAAGGCACCCUCGCGUGUCAUUCUCCUCCACUGCUACGUCGAUUUCGCAAAAGAGAGAUUCGUCAGACGCCGGCGGAACAGCACGGACGACGAUGAGCUCUUUGACAAACGAUGGAACGAGUACGAUGAGAAGCUCCUAGCGAUUCACGGGCACUAUCGAGGCAUCGUUACCAAUGUUGACACAAAGGGCACCAAGGAUGAGUCAUGGGGGAACCUGGUGCAAGCCGUUCGUUCGCUGCCAGAAUUCCAAGGGCUCCGUAUGUUUGGAUUACCUGGUGGGACUUGA